AUGAACAAGUAUACAGAGACAGUUUUGGAAUGGAUAAAGACUAAUAAUCUGAAAUGUAAUCCUGACAAAAUGGAGGUGCUUCUAGAGGGGGGACAGUCUGCCCUAGGAAAUGGGCUACCUCCUGUUAUGAAAAAGGCUGUACUCCCAGCAGAAGAGCAAGUGGCACCUUCUUCUCUCUGCAAUGAGAAUUGCCGCCCAGGAUACAGCAAGAAAAAGCAAGAGGGGAAACCAUUUUGCUGCUACGAUUGCAUUUCAUGUCCAGAUGGAAAAAUUUCAAACCAGAUGGGCUCCCUCAUACAAGUAAUUAUUUGUAUCAUCUGGUUAUGUACUGCUCCUCCAUUUCCAAAUGUUGAAAUGAACUCUCUGGCUCAGGAAAUUGUGAUUGAGUGUAGUAAAGGAUCCAUUGUCAUGUUUUAUUGUGUUCUGGGAUUCUUAGGAUUCUUGGCUCUGCCUAAACUAAAUAGCAAGAAUCAUAUAAUAACUAGACACUGCCAGGAGACAUGCAUCAGUAGGGAAAGCGUGGACACAAAGCACUAUCAGCACAUCCUUGCUUUGGCAUUUGCUGUGAAGGAAAUCAAUCACAAUCCCAGGAUCUUACCAAACAUCACUUUGGGGUUCCACCUCUAUGACAGCAACUACAAUGCACAUACCACUUUUAAGGCUACACUACAUCUGCUUUCCUCACAGCAUGAACUCGUCCCCAACUACAAGUGUGAUGUUCAGAAUACUUUGGCAGCCGUCAUUGGCGGAUUUGAUUCCAUGAUCUCUAUCUACAUGGCCACCCUCUUAAAGAUCUACAAGACUCCACAGCUAUCCUAUGGCUCUGUUCUCUCAGGAUUGAAUGAUAAAAGACUCUUCUCUUCAUUGUACAAGAUGGUCCCCAAUGACAGCCAUCAGUACAAAGGGAUUGUCCAGUUGCUUGUGCAUUUUAAAUGGAUAUGGGUUGGACUCUUUGUUUUAGAUGAUGUCAAUGGGGAAACGUUCUUGCAGAUUUUGAUUCCUUUGUUUUCCCAGAAUGGCAUUUGUUUUGCUUUCAUAAAUAGAACCCAAAAAUUAUCUUACGCUGAUGAAAUGUUUGAGUUAUUUUUAAGCAAGUUGAAAACAUUUGAAUCUUUGAUGGAAAGCAAAGCCAAUGUGUUUGUUGUCCAUGGAGCACCUCCAUCAAUGGAAGAGUUAAGCUGGCAUCUUCAUCUUGUAGAGCUAAAUUCACCAAAAGGCAAGGUGUGGGUAGUGACUGCACAUUGGGAGUUUGGAUCAAAAACCUAUCAGAGAGACUGGGAUAUACGACAUUUCCAUGGUGCCAUUUCCCUUUCGAUUCAUUCAAAUCAGCCAGCAGGCUUCAGGACAUUUCUUCAGAGUGUUCGUCCUUCCUGGGCAAAAAAAGACAGCUUUAUCAAGGACUUCUGGGAAAGGGCAUUUAACUGCUUAUUGAAAGAAGCCAGUGAGAGUGAAAAGCCCAGAGAAACCUGCACUGGGGAGGAAAAGCUGGAAAAUCUUCCAGGGCCUUUCUUUGAAAUGAGCAUGAUUGGCCACAGUUACAAUAUCUACAAUGCUGUCUAUGCAAUAGCAAAUGCUUUACAUGUUAUAUUUGAAUCCCAUUCAAAAUUCAGGCUGAAGCCUCAGAAUUUAAAAGCAUGGAAGCUGAACUAUUUUCUAAGGCGCAUCUCAUUCAACAACAGCGUAGGAGAUGUUGUACGCUUUGAUGAAAAUGGAGAAUUGAUUGAAGAAUUUGAUGUUACAAACUGGGUCACUUUCCCAAAUAACUCUUUUGUUCGAGUCAAAGUGGGAAGUGUGGAUCCUCAUGCCCCGACAGGCAAAGAGCUAAAAAUUCAGGAUGAGAACCUAGUGUGGCAUGAAUGGUUUUCCCAGGUUCUACCUCUUUCUCUUUGCAACGACCAGUGUCAACCAGGUUACAGGAAGAGAAAGAAAGAGGGAGAGCCGUUUUGCUGCUAUGAUUGUGUUCCAUGUUCACAUGGGAAGAUUUCUGAUAAGAAAGAUAUGGAUGAUUGUUUCAAAUGCCCAGAAGAUCAGUAUCCAAAUAAAGUGCAGGAUCAAUGCCUUCGCAAACGCUUAAACUUUCUUUCUUUCUAUGAAAUGUUGGGCAUCACUUUGUGUCUUUUGGCCUGUUGUUUGGCUCUGAUCACUGCGGUGACCCUUGGAAUCUUUAUCAAGCAUCAAGACACUCCCAUUGUCAGAGCGAAUAAUCACGAUCUCUCUUACAUUCUACUAAUUUCUCUCUUCUUCUGUUUCCUCUCAUCAUUAUUAUUCCUUAUUCAGCCUGGGACAGUCAUCUGCCCUCUUCGACAAGUGGCUUUUGGUCUCAUUUUCUCAGUGGCUAUCUGUUGCAUCUUGGCCAAAACCAUAACUGUGGUUGUGGCUUUCAUGGCCACCCAGCCAGGAUCCAGCAUGAAGAGAUGGGUGGGGAGAAGGUUGGCCUUUCCCAUUGUUGUUUCGGGUUUCCUCAUUCAAGUAGUUAUUUGUAUCAUCUGGCUAUGUACUGCUCCUCCAUUUCCAAAUGUUGAAAUGAACUCUCUGGCUCAGGAAAUUGUGGUUGAGUGUAGUAAAGGGUCCGUUGUCAUGUUUUAUUGUGUUCUGGGCUUCUUGGGAUUGUUGGCUUUGGUGAGCUUCAUUGUUGCUUUCUUUGCAAGGCAUUUGCCUAGCACUUUUAACGAAGCCAAAUUUAUCACUUUCAGCAUGUUGGUUUUUUGUAGUGUUUGGCUAUCAUUUGUUCCAUCCUAUCUGAGCACCAAGGGCAAAUAUAUGGUAGCUGUGGAGAUCUUCUCCAUUUUGUCUUCUGGUGCUGGAUUGUUAGGUUGCAUCUUUGCCCCUAAAUGUUUUAUAAUUAUCCUGCGGCCUAAACUAAAUAGCAAGGACCGUGUAAUAAUGAGGCAUGGCCAGAAGAUAUAG